AGCAGACGAGAGUGUCUGUGUUGCUCCGAAAUUUAACAUGGCAUCUCUCGUGAAUUUUUCUCGUCUUUUGAGAAUUGGAGCACGAUCGUGUACGAAAAGUGUCACUUCCGAAUGCUUAACAAAACAUUCACCCAUAGUAAAAAACUUAUGGGACAGCCAAAUACGAACCUACAGAAAGUUAAAAGGUGUACCUAGAUUUGUUCCUUGGUUGAAGCCUGAUCCUGAUUAUCAAACUGAAGUGAAUGAUCCAACUGAAGAGGAAGAAAAACUCAUUACAGAGGUGUCGAGUGAAAUAAAUCAACAAAUUGCCGAAGACAAAACAGGCCGAUUAUUUGCUGUUGUUCACCUUGCUGGAAAGCAAUAUAAAAUCACAGAAAGUGAUAUAGUUAUUGUUCGAGGGUACUGGCCCCCUGAUGUUGGUGAUCAAAUCAAAUUGGAAAAAGUAUUACUUCUUGGAAGUAAAGAUUUCACAUUAGUGGGCAGGCCACUAAUUAACAGAGAAUUGGUGACAAUAAAUGCUACUGUUAUUGAUAAAACUUUCUCAAAUACAAUAACACACUUUAGAUUUAGAAAAAGGAAACAAUAUCGUAGAAUACACUUUUUCCGGAUACAGCACACUAUGAUAAGGAUUAAUUCCAUUCUACUGAAUGGCAAAGUUGAUCAAAAGUUGGAGGUUGAAGGAUUAGACAGAGUAUACUAAUAAUAUAACUUUAGAUUAGAAUUAAUACAAAAGUGUUAUUUUUACUGUAAAAAGAUCAUUUUUAAUUACAUUGUUUAACAAGCAAACAAUUCCCUUGAGAAGAAACAUUUAUUUGGCAACAAUGUGUAAAUAAAGAAAUUUUUGUGUAAUCAUA